AUGGCACCCAUCCACAUCGGCUGCCUGGUCUUCGACUACCAGGCCAUCGACGUAAUCGGACCAUGCGACCUACUCAACUCCGCCACCAAGAGACUCAUGACCGGGAUUAGCUUUUACGCCCCAGUCGACCCCAAGACAAUCGAAAAGGCACCGGAUUUUGUCUUUCACCACAUCGGGGAGACACUUAGUCCUGUGAACUUACUCACCAGCGCCAUCACGCUCGUGCCCACUGCCACAGUCGAUCAUGUCCCGGAGCUGGAUAUCCUCUUAAUCGGCGGCGACAGCCCGGCCCGUUCGAACAUCCCUGAGACAUACGCGGAGUUUAUCCGUCGCCAUGUCGCGGCUGGGAAACUGCUGUUCACGACGUGCACUGGGUCGGCGGUUGUUGCUGGUACUGGGGCGUUGGAUGGGAAGAGGGCAACGGUGAAUAACAUCGAGUAUAACUGGGUCAAGGCCCGAUAUCCUGCUGUGAAGUGGACGAGGGAGAAAAAGUGGAUUGUUGAUGGGAAUGUAUGGACUGGGAGCGGUGCGGUUGCUGGGAUGGAUAUGGUUGCGCACUGGAUUAAGGAGAACUUUGGCCUGGAUGUUCUGGUGCAAGCUGCGCUCUCGCUGGAUUAUGAGCCGAGGGAUGCGGAUGGGCUGUUUACUGUGUUUCCGCAGCGGUAUGACUCGGCUGGAAAUAAGCUGUCCACGCAUGUCUUUCCUGAGUGA